AUGGCUAGUUCUGCUGGCAAUUCGUACAUGUCGUUGGCGACACCCAAUGAUGUCAAACACUACAUUAAUGAUGUUGGCCAGAUUCAAUGGGCCCAAGUGCCACUUAAUGCUGCAUUGGACAAACUCAAGACGUCACGAGAAGGAUUGACAUCGCAUGAAGCUGAGAAACGAUUGGCUGAAUAUGGUCCGAACAAGCUUCCAGAAGAAAAGGUCAACAAAUUGACUGUUUUCUUGGGCUUUAUGUGGAAUCCUUUGUCUUGGGCUAUGGAGAUCGCUGCUAUUCUUGCAAUUGUGCUACUGGACUACCCUGACUUUGCACUGAUUUUGUUUUUACUAAUUCUGAACGCUUGCAUCGGAUAUGUGGAGGAAAUUCAGGCUGGCGAUGCCGUGUCGGCACUAAUGGGUCAGUUAGCUCCCGAAGCAAAAGUGUUUCGAGACGGCGAGAUCAAAAAUAUUCCGGCCGACUUGUUAGUACCUGGUGAUGUACUGCGUGUGCGUUUAGGUGACGUAAUUCCGGCUGAUCUUAAAUUUCUUGAGGGCGAUGUUAUCAAAGUGGAUCAGUCGUCACUGACGGGCGAGUCAUUACCGGUGUCAAAGGGCGAAGGUGACGAAGGCUACUCAGGUUCUGUAGUAAAACAGGGUGAAAUUGAAGCAGUUGUGACCAGCACGGGAGCGGAUACCUUUCUGGGCCGCGCGGCUGAGAAAAUUGCGUCUGCUGAGUCACAUGGUCGUCUGCAGAUGGUUCUAACAACUGUCGGUAACUUUUGUAUGGUUUCGAUUGGAUUCUGGUGCGUGGUUGAGCUGCUGGUGCAAAUGGCUGGCCGAUCAUCGCAGAACCCAUGUGUAAUCGAAACAGACGGAUGUCUCGGUGUAGCAAACAUUCUUGUGCUGAUCGUGGGUGGUAUUCCCGUGGCUAUGCCGACGGUCCUGUCAGUGACACUAGCGAUUGGGUCUUCAGCUCUUGCCAAAGAAAAUGCUAUUGUAACUCGUCUCACGUGUAUUGAAGAGAUGGCUUCAAUGGAAAUUUUGUGCUCGGACAAGACAGGAACACUUACGCUAAAUCAACUUUCUGUCGACAUGGACAACUUAAUUCCGUACAACAACUUCACUGCUGCUGACAUUCUGAAGUAUGGUGCCUUGUCUGCACGUCUGGAGAAUAACGAAGCUAUUGACGUUGUGUGUCACAAAUCGUAUCCGGGUAAGGACACGUUAUGGGAGGAGUACACUCUACUACAUUACACGCCAUUCGACCCAACGACAAAGCGCACGAUUGCGAAGGUCAAGGACAACAGGACGGGCGAAAUCUUUCGGGCUGUGAAAGGCGCCCCGCAAGUUGUAUUGAACAUGGAUAUAAAUGCUAACACGUUGCGUGGCGAGGUUGAGGAACGCAUUAAUGAGUUUGCUUCGCGCGGUUACCGUGGUCUGGGAGUUGGUAUCUCACGCAGUGGAGAUGUUCCGGUCGAGGAAUGUGAGUGGCACAUGAUUGGUCUUCUGCCACUGUUCGACCCGCCUCGUCAUGAUACUGCAGACACGGUGAAGAAGGCUAUUGCUCUUGGUGUUGCAGUGAAGAUGGUAACGGGAGACCAAAAGGCUAUUGCUGUGGAGACGUGCCGUCAGUUGGGAAUGCCAACCAACAUCCUUGACACAUCAUUCUUUAACACUGCGCCGCCUCCUGGACUCAAUCUAGCUCAGAUGAUCUAUGACACAGAUGGUUUUGCCCAAGUUUUCCCGGAGCACAAAUUUGAAAUCGUUAAGCACCUGCAAUCAUUAGACAAGGUGGUGGGUAUGACGGGUGAUGGUGUGAACGACGCUCCGGCUCUAGCUCAAGCUGACAUUGGUAUUGCCGUGGAUGAUGCUACGGAUGCUGCUCGAGCUGCUGCCGAUAUUGUACUUGUCUCACCCGGUCUGAGUGUAAUCAUCACGGCUAUUCGAAUGAGUCGUGAAAUUUUCUUGCGUAUGAAAAAUUAUGCCAUGUACUCAAUUGCCAUGACGGUGCGUAUCGUAUUCACAUUUGGUAUUUUGACGGUGGCGUGGAAUUGGUACUUCCCACCGAUUCUUGUUGUGAUCUUGGCUAUUCUGAAUGACGGUACGAUCCUUACUAUUUCGAAGGACAAUGUCAAGGCUUCUCCAUUCCCAGACUCGUGGAAACUUAAGGAGGUGUUUAUCUCAUCGAUUGCAUUCGGUCUAUGGUUAACGCUAUCGACAAUUGUGCUGUUUGCAAUCGUUAACAACUCAAGCGGUUUUGAUAGCACAGGUGUGGAGAAUUUAUGUGUGGACUGCAUGGAAGACGAAUGCUACAAUUUUUUUGAGGACCAGUACCAAACUUGCGUGAUGGAAAAUAAUUCCACUGGAUGUGGUGAAAUGACGGGGACUGUCAAGCAAUCAGCCAGCGUUCCUGACGUGGGUGCAUUCCGUAACGGCGCCAUUAACUCAUACUGGAGACAAUACGAGGCAAAGUACGAGUCGCGCUCGAAAUUGUUUGAAGACCUUGCAGAUGUACACCUUAGCCAUUUGCCAAAUGAUGCUGAGCCAUCGGCCGAGACUGCAUACAAUCAAUAUGUGUACGCCUACACUUUGGGCGUUGGUGGUGUAGCAUACGGAGGUAACUACGACGUGUUCAAUGCUGCUCAGCGUGGAAGAGGUGUGAGAUUCAUCGGCAACGACGAGGUCCCCAUUACAAACGAAGUCAGCUUCUGUACUUAUAUAUGGGGAUUUAGCAACUGGAAUUCUACUUGGACGCGGGACAAUGAAAUGGUUGGCCCUGGCCGCCAGCGCAAGGAAGGUGUGCUGCGUUCGCUGGUGUAUCUUCAGGUAUCAAUUUCCGGUCAGGCUUUAAUCUUUGUGACGCGAACUGCAGGUAGCAACAACUGGUUCUUUGCCGAGAAACCAUGCAAUUUGUUGCUGAUCGCCUUUGUUUUCGCCCAAGUGGUUGCCUCGGUGAUCGGUUGGAUUGGUUUUGGUGGCUUCCCGACUGACCGUAUUGCCGUGAUUGGCUGUGGCGGUGGCUAUACACUUAUUGCGUGGCUUUGGUGUAUCAUUUGGCAUCUCCCGCUCGACCUCAUCAAGUUCAUGGUAAAUUACAUCUUGACGAAACACAUCUACAAAUCUAAGGCGUUCACAGAGCGCAUUAACGCGGGUCACCCAACAAUGAGGCACUCUGCAGUCACGAAUACGCAGCGGUCCAUCCGCGCCAGCCGUACAGUUUAA